AUGUCAAACUUUCUCCAGGAAUUUGAGGAAGAUGAGCAGCAACAAAGCACAAUGAUCACACACUCCUCCAAUGGCAGUCCAAUUGCAAGAGAAACAUACCCAGAUGCUGAGGUUGUAGCAUUGUCUCCAAGGACUCUAAUGGCGACGAAUCGGUACAUUUGUGAGGUGUGUCAUAAAGGGUUCCAGAGAGAUCAGAAUCUUCAGCUCCAUCGGAGAGGGCACAACUUGCCAUGGAAGCUGAAGCAAAGGCCUAGCACACAGACGAAGAAGAGGGUGUAUAUCUGUCCCGAGCCGAGUUGUGUGCACCAUGACCCAAGUAGGGCUUUAGGUGACUUAACUGGCAUAAAGAAGCAUUUCUGCAGAAAGCAUGGAGAGAAGAAAUGGAAAUGCGACAAGUGCUCGAAACGUUAUGCUGUUCAAUCAGAUUGGAAGGCACACACAAAGAUAUGUGGAACCAGAGAAUAUCGUUGUGAUUGCGGAACAAUCUUCUCAAGGAAAGACAGCUUCGUCACGCACAGAGCCUUCUGUGAUGCAUUGACAGAAGAGAAUAACAAAGAAAAGCAGAACCAGGAAAUCAUGGGAGGGUUGUUGCAGAACCAAGGACAAGAAUUUUUCACUUCAUCCUUGCCCACCUCCAAUUCCAGUCCAAACACAAACACUAUGAUGAAUUUGUCAAUUUCUUCUGAGAACAUUGACAAUUCCCUGAAGCCAUUAUCUUUGAACUCAGGAGGUGUUAUGAUGUCAUGGAACUUAGACCCAUUAUUCCAUACAAGAACUUCUCGACCAUACUUAGGUUCUGUUGGUGGAUCAAAUUCUAGUCCAACAGCAAUUGGCUCGGCUUACACAUCUGCAACUGCCUUAUUACAGAAAGCUGCAGAAAUGGGUACUAAGAUCAGUGAUAACACUAUCGCGCCAAUUCUUCUAAGGGGAUUUACCGGCUACUCUACUAGUAGCAUGAACUCAUCCGGGCCUGUCCAGGAGAGUUCUUCAGGAGUUGGUAACAACAUGGGGCUGAUUUUUCUCAACAACAGUGGCUUAUAUGCUGGAGAUCAACAAAUGCUUGAUACAAACAUGGAUCCAAGACCUUACAACAUUUCCCAAACAGGAUUAUUUCAGUCUCCCAUGUUUGUGAACUCAGAAAAUGGAAAGUCUGAUAAUAUAACCGGAGGAGAAGCAUUCAUGGGAGGAGGUGAAAAACUGACCGUUGAUUUCUUAGGGAUCGAACCAGCAGCACAUUCGAAUAUUGGGAAGAAACGAAGCUACCAUGAUAGUGCAAUGGGGUUGGAGUGCUCAAAUGAACAGCGGACCCUGUACAAUUUGCACUCACAGUGGUGAAUUAGUACAAGAUAACAUAGGGAGCUACAGAACUGAUGCUACAACUUCACAGCUCUUGCCUCUUGAAAAAGCAAUUGCUUUCAACAAGCCAGAGUGUCACCCAUUUGGAUCAAAUGUGUGGCCCAAGGUGAUUUCUCAACUGCUAUUUUCUGAUUUAAUUGCUAGGAAACUUUUAUGAUUUUCGUUUAUAUUCAACCCAAAGAAAAAGUUUCAAGUCCUUCACCACUCACCAGCCUUUCUUGAGGGGACUGGCUCCAUCCUUUCAAAUGAAGAUGCCAAACACUCUCCAUUAGGUAAAGAGAGAAAUGUCAAAAAAAAAAAAA